CCUCUUUCAUUUACCAGAGAAGAAAAUAACAGAGAUUGAAGAUGGGAGCUCUCUUCACUGCGGGCAGCUACUUUUCCUCGAGAAAUCCUCAGCUCAACGUGAUCCAAGCAAAGGGUUUCUUACCAGACAAGUUAUCAGAGAAAGGUGGAGUUAGUGGAGAGGAAGCAACAGGCUUUGGUUUCACGAAUGGUGGAGAAGACGAGAGGGCUUUUAGGUUUGUGGGGAGGAGGACUGCGUUGUUCUCCGGGUUGUGUGUGGUUUCUGGGCCGGUUCUAGGUUUUCCAGGAGAUGGAUUUGCAGUGAAGCAGGGCCUUUUAGCUGGGAGAAUUCCUGGUUUAUCAGAUCCUGAUGAGAGAGGUUGGAGGACAUACAGGAGACCAGAUGAAAAGUCUGGAGGGCAUGGAGUGGGGUGGAGUCCAAUUAUACCAUAUUCAUUCAAAGUUCCAGAUGGAUGGGAAGAGGUUCCAGUUUCCAUUGCAGAUCUUGGGGGUACUGAGAUAGACUUGCGGUUUGCAAACUCUCAAGAAGGGCGUUUGUUUGUUAUUGUAGCUCCUGUUCUAAGAUUUGCAGAUCUUGAAGGAGAUGCAACCAUUGAAAAGAUAGGACCUCCUGAAAAAGUUAUUAACGCAUUUGGGCCAGAAGUUAUUGGAGAAAAUGUGGAAGGAAAAGUAUUAAACACACAAGUAGAUGAGCAUUCAGGAAGAACAUAUUACCAGUUUGAACUGGAGCCACCACAUGUCAUUAUAUCUGCUACUGCUGCUGGGAAUCGUCUCUACUUGUUCGCUAUUACUGCCAGUGGCUUACAGUGGAAGAGGCAUUAUAAGGAUCUAAAACAGAUAGCAAACUCCUUCAGAGUCAUCUAAAAGAAGAGCUGUGAGUUAUUUGUUGCAAUUUUAGAUUGUAAAAAUAGUAAAUCAUAGAGAAUCAGAAAGUUCAGUUUCUUCCGUUUCAAUGCUGAAUCGCUCUAUUGGUGAGAAACAAAUGUUUGAAUUUGAAUGGAUUGGAAUUGAACGUGAUGUAAAUGGAAUUUUUGAUGAUUUAUCUUUUAAGCACUAUUAGUAGUGCGGUGAUGAACAAGUUUCCCUGGCUCUUUGUAAUAUGUAAUUCUAUGAUUGAAACCAACCAAGAUGCAGAAACUUUAAAA